GUACUUUUCCAGUCCUUAACUCCCACCGUUUUUGCUUUCUCUCUCUUGCGGCCUUCCUCUUCUUCUUACGAAUUUCUCUCUCCUCUUCUGUCUCUUCCCCAUCUGUGCUUCAUCUGUGGACUCUCCAAUGGACGACCCAAGUGAGUAUCUCCAUCUGUUCGUCGAGGACGCGGACUUCUACAACCGCAUUCUGCUUGGGUCCCUCUUGCCGGACCGCUUGUGGGUCCCACUCCCUCACUUCUUCCAGACAUGGCUCCGCAACUUCAUUGGAGGAACCCUCCUCUACCUCAUCUCUGGCUUCUUUUGGUGCUUCUACAUUUAUUACUGGAAGCGCGAUGUUUAUUUUCGUAAAGAUGCGAUUCCCUGUCGUAAAGCCAUGCUCCUGCAAAUAUAUGUUGCAAUGAGGGCAAUGCCUUGGUAUAGUUUGCUUCCAACUCUUUCUGAGUACGUGGUAGAAAAUGGAUGGACUAAGUGUUUUCCUAGAUCAAGUCAUGUUGGUUGGCUUGCUUACCUUGUGUAUAUAACAGUUUAUCUAGUUAUAGUGGAGUUUGGAAUUUAUUGGAUGCACAGAGAGUUGCACGACAUAAAACCUCUUUAUAAAUAUCUUCAUGCUACCCAUCACAUCUACAAUAAACAGAACACUCUGUCCCCAUUUGCCGGUUUGGCCUUUCACCCUCUUGAUGGGAUUCUUCAGGCAUUACCGCACACAAUUGCCCUGUUUAUUGUUCCUACACAUUUCACCGCACAUUUAGUGCUGGUAUUCAUUGAAGCCAUAUGGACUGCAAAUAUUCAUGACUGCAUUCAUGCCAACUUGUGGCCUGUCAUGGGUGCUGGCUACCACACAAUUCACCACACUACAUACCGGCAUAACUACGGCCAUUUCACGAUAUGGAUGGAUUGGAUGUUUGGGACGCUUCGUGACCCUUUGCAAGAUGAAGGCAAGGCCAUGUGAUGGGCUUUACAUUGAUGGCAAGUGCUUGACUGAAGUAAUCAUAUAGUUCCUCAUUGGUUAUUUUAACUGGAUUGUUGACAAGUAGUUCUUCAUAUAAGGGGUAAAGAUGUCCACGUUAUUUGUCUAUUAAUGUUAGUAAGACAGGGUUUGGAGGUGUAACAGAGGGUUUGCUUGAAUGAUCUGAUCCAAUAGACUGUUUAAGCUACGGCAUUUUUAUUGUUGCGA